CUGUUUGUAGCCUCAUAACCCCAUAGCCACAAGUGUGUUUCGUCCCAACAGUUAUUAAAUGCGUUAGUUACAGUUGAAGUAACAAGGACCUAUCCCUUCCCUCUAUAAAUUCGGUCGCAGCCCCUUCACUUUUCUACACUCAUCUCUCCUUCUCAUUUUUCUCCCUCUAGAAACAACUUCUUCCUCUGACGCUUCACCGUCAAAGAGCAAAAAAAAUGGCUCUCAUUGGGUUGCUCUUGAUGGGUUUUCUCUCCAUGUUCUCCUCUGCUCAUGGCUAUGGUGGAGGGUGGAUUAAUGCUCAUGCCACCUUCUAUGGAGGUGGUGACGCAUCAGGCACAAUGGGUGGGGCUUGCGGGUAUGGGAAUCUGUACAGCCAAGGGUAUGGAACGAACACGGCUGCUCUGAGCACGGCUCUGUUCAACAAUGGGCUGAGCUGUGGGUCAUGCUAUGAGAUCAGGUGCGUGAAUGACAGAAGGUGGUGUCUUCCAGGUUCCAUAGUGGUCACAGCUACCAAUUUCUGCCCACCAAACAACGCUUUGCCCAAUAAUGCAGGAGGAUGGUGUAAUCCUCCUCUCCACCAUUUUGAUCUCUCUCAGCCUGUCUUCCUCCGCAUUGCCCAAUACAGAGCUGGCAUCGUUCCUGUGUCUUACCGAAGGGUACCCUGCAGGAGAAGGGGAGGCAUAAGGUUCACAAUCAAUGGCCACUCCUACUUCAACCUGGUGCUCAUCACAAACGUUGGUGGUGCUGGUGAUGUACACAGUGUGGCCAUCAAAGGGUCCAGAACGAGGUGGAUGCCAAUGUCAAGAAACUGGGGCCAGAACUGGCAAAGCAACAAUUAUCUCAAUGGCCAAGCCCUCUCCUUCAAGGUCACAACCAGUGAUGGCCGCUCUUUGGUGUCCAACAAUGUUGCUCCACCAAACUGGUUCUUUGGCCAAACCUUCACUGGUGCCCAAUUCCGCUAGACAUACAUACAUAUAUUUAUGUUGCUUAUUCCUGUUCGAGUGUUGUUAUGACUCGGUAGUAUAAUAGGGUAUAAAAUAGUAAGCUACUAUGAGAAGGGCUUAUUUUAAAAGGGCUCUUCAUCAUCAUCAUCAUCAUCAUCAUUGUGUCAUGGUGGAGGUACCAAAUUUUGGUGCCUUCUAACCCUUCUUAUUGGAAGUUUUGAAGCAAUGGAUUUUUUAGAUUAUGUCGGUAAAAGGUGAAAAAAUAGUGAGUAAAGUGGAAGCGGUGGAAUAUUUAUACCACCCGCCGUGAGUAUUGGAAUAGUUUCUUACUUUACAUUUUCACUUUUUUUUGGGGGGGGGGGGUGGUGGGGGUUGGUGGGGGCGUUAGGAGCAUUUGUUUGGUGCUACUUGUUAUGUCAGCUUUGGCCGAGUGUGUCUUCGCUUCUAUUAGAGAUAUUUAAGUGUAAAUUUUCCUGCUUCUGCAAUGAAAAGAUGUAGUAAUUUUCUACCUUGUUCCUGUGUCCUCUCUUCUGUGUACAAGCUCUUGUUAUCAUUCACUCCAUUUACCUUAUAUAGAAGUUCUAAAGUUGUCUCCUCA